UUAAGUUGUAAAAAGAUUCUAGAAGAAAAAAAACAACAAUGUCAUAUGUUUAGGAGGCGACAAACAAAAAGCUUAUGACAUGUCAACUCCAAUUGUCCGCCGUCGUCAGUCUGAGGCUGAGAAGAAUGUCAACCGUCUCCGUAACUGUAUGCCGGAGAAGUUCUCUACACUAGUAAAGAUGCAUCUGUCAUUUCUGCUAGAUCUAGAUGGCACCAAACUUGAAGAAAUGUUCCUGGACACAUCAGAAAAACAUGAGAACUCUAAACGUAAACCUUCAACGCCAUUUUCAAAGAAAAAAGAAAAGCAACAACCUCAACAGAAUUUGUUUGGUGCAGCCCUUACCCAGGACAAUGUAUCACAAAUAUACCAACUCAUCGACUUCUUAGGCAGACCAGACAAUAUCAGAACUGAAGGACUUUUUAGGAAGACAGGAAAUUUUGCUCGUCAAAGACUGUUGAAGGAGUGGUUAAUCAAUGGAACUGAUCUUGGUUUGGAUCAUGGAACAUUCUCACCACAUGACUGUGCCACAGUUCUGAAGAACUUCCUUGGAGAGCUGCCUGAACCUCUUCUCACAGAAAAGCACUACCAGGCACAUCUUCAAGUAACUAACAUGGGCAAGUCUCCAGUGCUAGAGAAAGAGAAACUGCGAGCCCGCAGUAAACAGAUUAAGACAUUACAACUGCUGUUCUUGCUUCUGCCACGUAACAAUGUGCUGCUUCUGGAGUGUCUCAUUGAUCUGCUACAUCGUGUAACAAAAGUGUCAGAGAAUAUGAUGACUGCGUCUUCUCUAGGCACCGUGUUUGCUCCCCAUCUUCUCUGUCCAAGAAAGAUGUCUCCAGAGGAACUGCAAGUUAUCUCCCCUGUCAUCACGCAGGCCGCUUCCUUUAUGAUUGAGUGUGGCACACAGAUAUUCAAAGUUCCAAGAGAGCUUGCAGCCGACAUUGCCAACUUCUGGCGGGAAAUGGAGGACCCCAACAAACUUAUCUUUGACCCAGUUGAAGAACAAGAGAACACUCACAAUAACCUGGCCAGUGCUAAAAAGAAGUAUGGCAGUACUCAAGCUAUCAACACUGUCAUUGCCUUUGCAGACAGGAAGUCAUCUAGCGACUCUGACAGCAAUCAGGACACACAGGUGGCACUAGCCCAGCUCUAUGCACAUGUACAGAGCAUGCCCGAUUCCUCCAAGAAAAAGAAACUUCUUAAGCAGUUUAAUCGUGCCUCUCAACAACCCACCAACACACAAUCUGCAUCCAAGCCAAAACACACAAGGAGUCGUACAUUUGGAUCACAGAUAAAGAAGCAUUUCCCCAGUUUCAACCGACAUAAGCGACAGGGAUCAAGUGAGACCACAACCUUGACCUCUGACCUUCCAUGGUCCAUGACCUCUACUAUCAACAUAGACAAAAUGGAUGAUAGUGUCUUUGGCACGCCAUGUCAGAAAACUAGAAAAUCGUUAAAUAAUGGAAGUCCUGCGGUACAUAUUGUUGAUAUGAAGAAAUCUCCCGAACCUCAUCGCCGACCCAGAAAGAGGCUAAGUAGUGAAGGAAGUGAUGGCAGUAUCCCAGAUAAACGGCCGACCCCUGACAUGUUACCGUCGACAGAAAACGAGAUUGAUUACAUUGUGAAAAAACACCCAGAGAGAAGAAUGUGCCCCUGCACCACACCUGAUCGUGUUGGUAAACCUAUUGCCAUGGUAUCUCCAAUCACACACUCCCCGAUUUCACAAUCCGUCAAAAAGGUUCCUCCAAUGAUGCAGAAAAAUGCCAUGACACCAAGAUCAAGAGCACCUUUGUUAUUGUUGCAUUCACCAAAUCUUGCCUCACGGGAAAGUCUGCUAUGAGAAAGAACCUUCCCUUGAUUUCAUCUAUGGAUUGACAUUUCUUUUGAUCUGAACUGGUCUAAUGCCUCCCUAAGGGAUGACAACUUAAGUUACUGCAUCAGUGCUAUAAGGGUACACACACCUGUCCAGUCAAGAGAGUUAACUCCGAAGACAAGCAAUGAAAUAGUGCUGAUAUGGUUGGAAUUGACAUUGAGUUAAAGUGCUGUUUGCGAUAUUAUGUAAUUAUGUAUUCAUAAUGAUUUAUGAUUUGUAAAUCGAGCUGUACAAAAGAACUUUGUUUGUAAAUACACAGAAGUAUAGAAAAUGACGCCUAGCGUAUAAACAUAUCACAAGAAAUAUAAAGCUAUAUAUAGAUUUUGUAUACUUUGCUGGGUAAUUUCUGCAGUAAAUAUUUCCAAAACAAUGUAACAGAACAAAUUUUUAAAUGUCUGUAAAAAUAACCAAGAAAAUCCACAGCUUAAAGAAAUUUUUAAAGUAUUGUUUAAAGGAAAUAAAAAGAUGUAAAUA